AUGCCGCCACAGCCACCGGCUGUCCCCGGCAUCGCUUGGCCUCUUUGGCCAAACACCAGCCGCCUCUUUAUGGAAGCCCCCGAGCCGACUUCUGAAGAACCCCGCGCCCGCCGGGCAACUUUAUGGAAAGCGCCGAGCGGGCGGCAGUGGCCCGUCCUGGCGGCCUGCUUGACCUGCUGCACCCUGCUCGGCUGGUACACGGCCAACAGCGUGAAGGACGCGGCGGCUUUUGAAGGCCCCUGGCCGGAGGAAGAAGACCCCGAGACGGAGACGACGGUGACGGUGCUGGUGUGGUGGCGUCCUUUCGGCCGCGGCAUCAUCUCCGGCGGCUGCUGGCAAUUCAACAUCAGCGGCUGCCGCCUCUCCACCAACCGCAGCUUCCAGCGCAAAGCGCACGCCGUCCUCAUCCAUCACCGGGACCUACAGGCUCAUGGCCUCGGCCAGCUACCCCGGCAGAGGCCGCCGAACCAGCGGUGGGUUUGGAUGAACUUUGAGUCGCCCACCCACACCAAGGGCCUGCGAAACUUGGGCGGGCUUUUCAACUGGACAAUGAGCUACCGGGAGGACUCGGAUGUCUUUGUACCCUAUGGGUACCUCAAGCUUCGCCCGGAGCCCCUGGUCCAGUUCACUUUGCCCAAGAAGACCAAGCUGGUGGCCUGGGUCAUCAGCAACUGGAAUGAAGGUCAUGCCCGGGUCCGUUACUACCACCAACUGAAAAAGUAUCUCCCCAUUGAUGUUUAUGGAUCUCACAGGCUGUCGCUCAAAGACAACAGUGUGGUGAAGACUAUCUCGAAAUACAAGUUUUAUUUGGCUUUUGAAAACUCCCAGCAUCAGGACUACAUCACGGAGAAACUCUGGAGGAACGCCUUUGAAUCGUGGGCUGUCCCCAUCGUCUUGGGUCCCCCGAGGGCCAACUACGAACGGUUUAUGCCCUCCGACGCCUUCAUUCAUGCUGAUGACUUCUCCGACCCCAUGGAGCUGGCGCUUUACCUGAGACUCCUAGAUAAAAACAAGAGCAUGUACCAAGAGUAUUUCGCCUGGAGGAAACAGUAUGAUGUGAGGCUACCGUCUUUUUGGACCGAACAUUGUUGCAAGGUUUGUAACAUAGUCAGAGAGGUGGGGAAACAGCCCAAGACCAUCCAGAACCUCGCCAAGUGGUUUGAAAGUUGACGUCCACCGAUUGACUGACUUU